UUUUCAAGAGCUGUCAAGAUGACAUUGUUAAAUUGCUUUAUGUCAUGUAUUCUGUGUGUUUAUAACCAGUUAACUAUUUUAAUAUGAACGAAUAAUUGGCGGAAAGUAGACUAUAUUUGUUUUCCGACGGAAUUAUCUAGUAAUACUUAUAAGAUAUAUUAAUAAUAUAUCAAGUUUUAUAAUUUGCAUUCAUAUUAUUUUGAUAUUUCAAUAGCAACAAGUAAAAAAUUGAAACAUGUCGGAGUCUGAGAAUGUAGAUACCGCCAAUCAUGAAACGAAGCACCAAAAUAAUCCAAAGAAACGACUUCGCCAUCGUAAAAAACAUUUAUAUGAAAACAUAAUGAAACAGAUGGAAUUUUAUUUUAGUGAUGCUAAUCUCAGCAAAGAUAGAUAUCUCGGAGAUUUAAUUAAGGCUGAUCCGUUUGUGCCCCUAGCCGAAUUUCUAAAAUUUAACAAAAUUCGUUCUUUAACACAAGACGUUGGAGACAUAGUAAAGGCUAUGAAACAUUCCACAUUUCUAGAACUAUCCGAAGAUAAGUUAAAGGUAAGAAGAAAAACUCAAAUGAUACCAUAUGAUGCUGAUCAAAGGACUAUAUACGUAGAAUCUAUACCAGUAACAGCUAGCAGAGAAUGGCUGGAAAGGGUCUUCUCUGAUUAUGGAAAAGUAGCAUACAUAUCACUUCCAAAGUUCAAGAAUUCCCGAAAUAUUAAGGGCUUUGCAUUCAUAGAAUUCAGCAGUCCCCAAGACGCACAAAAUUGUAUGAAUGCAUUCACAAAGAUGGGUUGCAAGUUACCAUCGUGUAUGCCUCCUGAAGAACUUUCAUCCAUCAAAAUGUUCAGCAUUGAUGAAUAUUCCGAUAAUUCAACUGUGAAAGAUGAAUAUGAACCACCAAAGAAGAAAACUAAGAAGAGUAAAGAUAAGAAAUCUUUAAAAAAUUUAGAUUUAAAAACAGAUCUAGAAUCAGAUACGGAGAAAACAGUUGAUACCCCAACAGAAGAAAAUAAAACUGUAGCAACACCAACCGAGGAAAGUAAAGUGACAGACAUAGAAUCUAGAGAUGAAAUGACAAGUAACGAUGAGGGUAAAAAUAAAACUGACACACCAAGAAAAAGGAAACAAAAGAAAAAGUUGUCAAAAGAAAAAGGUAAAGGUCUCGUAAAAGGCGAAGCUCCAAAGGGAGCACUGUGGGGUUUGCAAGUUUUACCAAAGUCCGAAUGGAAAGCCCUCAGGAACAAAUAUUUAAAUCUACAAAGGAAAUAUAUGAAGGAGAUUAAAACGAACUUGCAAAGUAAGAGGCAUGCUUAUUCAGGGAUUCCUGCUCCGGCUGCUCCAUCAGUUGAAAUAGAAUCUGUGAAUAGUACAAGAGCUAUAGACAAUGCAAAAAAUGUUGAACCACUGCAAAAGAUACCAGGUGUAUUUGUUAAGGAAGUCCUACCAGAGCCCUGCAUGGAUGUCAGGCUUACAAAGAGAACUAUAAAAAGCAACAUUCAUGUGUUGCAUGUGGAUGUUAAGGAAGGACAAACUGAUGUUAUUAUUAGAUUUGAUUCUGCAAAAGCUGCGGACGAAUACUGCGGCCAGUCGGGGCGCGCGCGCGUGCUGUGCGGCGCAGAGGAGCAGGAGCAGUGGCGCGCGGCGGACGCGGCGCGGGCGGCGCGGCGCGUGCGCGGCCGGGCGCGGCUGCUGGCGCGCGCCGCCGAGCUCGCGCCGCCCGCGCUCGCGCCCGCCUCGCCGCAACCCACGCACACGCACAUACGAUUCGAGGACGAAUGAUUGGAUUCAAAUAUAGAACUCUAAUAAAUGUUAUCGUCUCUUUUAUUAAUAAACAGUUUCCUGUGUUUUAUUUAAUCGUCUGAAGUACGUUUGCGAGCGCGGACGUGCACACAGAUACACACACCGGCUGCACAAUUUCAAAACACAGCAAAGAACAAAUUUUUCGAAAUCGAUUUUUUAGCAUUUUUCGUUCCAAUGGAGUUGUGUGAACAUUUAUAUAGAUAUAUUUAAAAAGAAAAAAAAAAUUGUCCCUUACUGUGUUUUGAAAUUGGGCAUGCGACACACAGAUAUGAUUAUGAGUCGAAGACGAAUGAUAACGCCUCCUUUGCAGUCGGUUAAAUAUAUAACUGUCAUAAAUA